AGCGUCAGUUUGGAGUCGCACAAUUAUGAAAAAGCAACCUUCCGUUGGAGCUGCAGCCGAAGCGGAUCUCUCUAACGUCCACCGGGCUUUCCUUCCAAGGCUAACCGAGAGCACCGCCGAUAGAUGGAUAAAAGCCACGACACAGCUCUUCCUGAGUCUCAACGGUGAAGAGAAUGUCCCUGAAACCCUGGAUAGAAAGCACUUUCACCAAGAGGGAAUGUGUGUACAUACUUCCAGUGUCAAAGGACCCCCACAGAUGCCUUCCAGGAUGCCAGAUUUGCCAACAGCUAGUUCGGUGCUGCUGUGGGCGUCUGGUGCGGCAGCAUGUUGGCUUCACUGCCAGCUUGGCCACGAAGUACUCGGACGUGAAGCUGGGUGAAAAUCCCAACCUGCCCGAGCUGGAGGAGUGGUCGGUGGAAAAACACACAGAGGCGAGCCCCACUGAUGCCUAUGGUGUCAUCAACUUCCAGGGAGGGUCUCACUCCUACAGAGCCAAGUAUGUGCGUUUGUCCCACGACUCGCGGCCAGAGAGCAUCCUGAAGCUGAUGAUGAAGGAGUGGCACAUGGAGCUUCCCAAGAUCCUCAUCUCUGUCCAUGGUGGAGUUCAGAACUUUGAGCUGCACCCACGCAUCAAGCAGGUGGUAGGAAAAGGCCUCAUCAAAGCUGCAGUCACUACCGGGGCCUGGAUUCUCACCGGAGGGGUUAACACAGGUGUGGCAAAGCAUGUUGGAGACGCACUCAAAGAGCACUGUUCAAGAUCAUCAAAGAAAAUUUGCACUAUCGGUAUUGCACCCUGGGGAGUCAUCGAAAACAGGAACGAUCUCAUUGGCAGAGAUAUCAUUGCUCCGUAUCAGACACUGCUGAACCCUCUGAGUAAACUGAACGUUCUCAACAAUCUGCACUCCCAUUUCCUCCUGGUUGAUGAUGGGACAGUAGGAAAGUACGGUGCUGAGGUCAAACUUCGCCGUGACUUGGAGAAGCACAUUAACCUUCAAAGAAUACAUGCACGGAUUGGUCAGGGUGUUCCUGUCGUGGCCCUAAUCUUUGAAGGGGGUCCUAAUGUGAUCCUGACAGUACUGGAGUACCUUCAGGAGAGUCCUCCUGUCCCGGUGGUGGUUUGCGAGGGGACGGGCCGUGCUGCUGACAUACUGGCCUACGUCCACAAGCAGACUGAGGAGGGAGGGAAUCUUCCUGAUGGAGUGGAGACUGACAUAAUUGCAACCAUCAAAAAGACUUUUAAUUUUAGCCAAAGUGAUGCCAUCCAUCUCUUUCAAACUCUGAUGGAGUGCAUGAAGAGUAAAGAACUGAUCACUGUGUUUCACAUCAGCUCAGAGGAGCACCAGGACAUUGAUGUAGCCAUCCUAAGGGCUCUACUCCAAGGCACAAACGCAUCUGCCUUCGAUCAGCUGGUCCUCACUCUUGCCUGGGACCGUGUUGACAUUGCCAAGAACCAUGUGUUUGUGUACGGACAGCAGCUCCUGGUGAGCUCUCUGGAGCAGGCAAUGUUGGAUGCACUGGUGAUGGACAGGGUGGACUUUGUCAAACUGCUCAUUGAAAACGGUGUGAGCAUGCAUCGAUUCCUAACUAUCAGUCGGCUGGAAGAGCUUUAUAACACGAAACAACCUCCCAACAACCCAACUCUCCUCCACCUGGUUCGAGAUGUUAAACAGAGUCACCUGCCUCCGAACUAUAAGAUCACUUUAAUUGAUGUGGGCCUGGUUAUUGAGUUCCUGAUGGGCGGGACUUACAGGUGCAACUACACCAGGAAACGCUUUCGAAUCAUUUACAACAAUCUCCAUGGCAACAGUAGGAGGUCAGGACGCCACACAGCAGGACCUGGUUCCCAUAUGAGGAAAAGUCACGAGUCUUUUAGUAUGCAGGCUGACAAGAGGGAGAAGACAAGGCACAACCAAUUCAUCAAGACUGCACAGCCAUACAAACCGAAGCUGGAGUCUUCCGCAGAGCAGAACAAAAAAAGAAGCAAAGAAGAGAUCGUGGACAUUGACGACCCGGAGACACGACGUUUCCCCUACCCUUUCAAUGAGCUGCUAGUGUGGGCGGUUCUAAUGAAGAGGCAGAAAAUGUCACUCUUCUUCUGGCAGCAUGGCGAGGAAAACAUGGCAAAGGCCCUGGUGGCAUGUAAACUCUGCAGAUCUAUGGGCUAUGAGGCCAAGAAGAGUGAUGUGGUGGAUGACACAUCUGAGGAGCUCAAGGAGUACUCUAAUGAGUUUGGGACGUUGGCGGUGGAUCUGCUGGAGCAGUCGUUCAGGCAGGAUGAGACCAUGGCCAUGAAGCUGCUCACCUACGAGCUGAAGAACUGGAGUAACUCCACCUGUUUGAAAUUGGCUGUUUCUUCCCACCUGCGCCCUUUUGUAGCUCAUACUUGUACCCAGCUGCUGUUGACAGAUAUGUGGAUGGGACGACUGAACAUGCGCAAGAACUCCUGGUACAAGGUGAUUCUGAGCAUCUUGGUGCCUCCUGCCAUUCUUCUGUUGGAAUACAAAUCCAAAGCCGAGAUGGCUCACAUCCCUCAGAGCCAGGACGACCAUCAGAUGACCAUGGAGGACAGUGAACAUAAUUUCCAGAACAUAGCUGAAGACAUCCAGAUGGAUGUGUUUAAGGAGGCCCGAUCCCAUGACCAUGUGGAAGCAAAGAAUGACAUGGAUACACACAUUCGCUCCAGGAAGUUACCCUUAACCAGGAAAAUUUAUGCCUUCUACCACGCGCCUAUUGUCAAGUUCUGGUCCAACACGCUCUUCUACCUGGGUUUUUUGAUGUUCUACUCGUAUGUGGUCCUGGUAAGAAUGCCUGUAUGGCCUUCCUUUCAAGAGUGGGUGGUCAUCCUCUACAUCUUCACCUCUGCCAUUGAGAAAAUUCGAGAGAUGUUCAUGUCAGAAGCGGGUAAAAUAAGUCAGAAGAUAAAGGUGUGGUUCGGUGACUAUUUUAAUGUGUCCGACUUUCUGGCCAUUGUGAGCUUCUUUAUCGGUUUUGGCCUGAGGCUGGUUGGAGGGGAAGCCUUAGUCCCUGGGAGGAUGGUUUAUUGCCUCAACAUCAUCUUCUGGUAUGUGCGGCUUCUCGACAUCCUGGCUGUCAACCAACAAGCUGGACCGUAUGUCAUGAUGAUUGCUAAGAUGGUGGCCAACAUGUUUUACAUUGUGGUAAUUAUGGCUAUAGUCCUGCUGAGCUAUGGCGUACCCAGGAAAGCCAUUCUGUACCCAAAUGAAGAGCCCAGCUGGACUCUGGCCAAAGAUGUGGUGUUCCAACCGUACUGGAUGAUGUACGGAGAAGUGUAUGCUUAUGAAAUCGAUGUGUGUGCGAAUGACACUGAAAAUAAGUUACUGCAUCUGUGUGCUGCGGGAGUGUGGCUGACUCCUCUCCUGCAAGCAGUCUACCUCUUUGUACAGUAUAUUCUAAUGGUCAACCUCCUCAUCGCCUUCUUCAACAACGUCUAUCUUCAAGUGAAGUCCAUUUCUAAUCUGGUGUGGAAGUAUCAGCGUUACCACUUCAUCAUGGCCUACCACGAGAAGCCUGUCCUCCCUCCCCCCUUCAUCCUCCUGUGCCAUAUCUACUCUCUGUUCUGUAUGUGUCGGAAGAGGAAGAAAGAGAACACUUAUGGACCAAAGCUGUUUCUGACAGAGGAAGACCAAAAAAAGCUUCAUGAUUUUGAGGAGCAAUGUGUGGAGACUUACUUUCAUGAAAAAGAAGAUCAGUUUCACUCUGGGAGUGAGGAGCGCAUACGCCUUACUUCAGAAAGAGUUGAGACCAUGUGCAUGCAACUAAAGGAGGUUGGAAACAGGGUCAACUACAUUAAACGCUCUUUGCACACACUGGACUCCCAGAUCGGUCACCUCCAGGACCUCUCUGCUCUGACUGUGGACACACUAAAAACUCUUACAGCUCAGAGGGCAUCGGAGGCCAGCAAAGUCCACAAUCAAAUCACCCGGGAGCUCAGCCUUUCUAAGAACGUGGUUCCCAGCAUCGCCCCCGUGGCUACAGACACUGGCCCUCACUCCAAAUCAUCUGUGAUCUGCAAACGCAGUGUGGGGGCAUAUUUUGGCUCCUCCUUUCCCCAGGCAGGAGCCAACAUUGCGGAUUCCCUUUUUGGCAUCGGUGUAGGAGGGGGGGCUGAAAGUAGCCGCAGAGUGAUGCCCAGCCCUGCUACAGGACUGGGGCUGGACCCUAACCUAAACCCAGCGUUGAGUCCAGAGAGGAGAGGGUUGUUUGGGCUUGGGCACCUUGCUGCAGAGGCUGGCUCCUCAAGUAGUGCCGGCCCCAGUGCCUUUGUCCAAAGUGCUGUGGCCAUGUCCCCUCCGGAACUGCGUCUCCGGGGCCAUUCUUUCACCCAGAGUAAACUGACCCGUCCACACGAGCCGGGCCUUUCCGACUCUCCAUCCAGCCUGCCCAAUGUGCCCUCCUCUGGCGCUCAGUUCCACAUCAGCAGCACCCCCUCCCAGCCCGGUGGCUCCAGCCACCCUGAACUUGCCCUAGCCGGGGUUUACCAGCAGCCAGACAGCACUGCUGUAGAGUUUGGGGCAUUUGUGGGACAUAAGGACAGUUUAGAUCUACAACACUCCUCACCCAAAGAGAUAACCUCCAGCACACAGCUAAGCCCUGACCCACAAACCAGACCACAGGUCCAGCCUGAAGGUCACAGUCACAUCAGAGCUGUGAACUCAUACGCUGGUUUCACAGAGUUUGACAGAAACCCAGCUUUUCUCCAUCCUGAUUCUACAUUGUUGAAGAAGGACAGGAGCAGAGUUUCAGCUGAAGACAUCCUUAUUCAUGAAGACCCCAGGAGUGCAUUACUGGAAAGAGUUCAGGUCAAAUCAGCCCAAGCCAGCAGCCUACGAGCCCCAGGGGAGGAUACCCUCAGUGUUUCCCUGUACACGCCACGACACACUCACCUCGGAGCCAGGAAGGACUCUAUUGGCUCACCUUUUAAGCCCAUGGAGAGUUAUCAGUACUCAGCGGUUGAGCGCAACAACUUGAUGAGGCUGUCCCAAAGUAUCCCCUUCACCCCUGUGCCCCCUAGAGGAGAACCGGUGACUGUGUACCGUCUGGAGGAGAGCUCGCCCAACACCAUCAACAACAGCAUGUCUUCCUGGGCCCAGCGGGGCCUCUGUGCCAAAAUCGAGUUUCUCAGCAAGGAGGAGAUGGGCGGGGGCCUCAGACGGGCCCUCAAGGUGCUCUGCACAUGGUCGGAGUACGACAUCCUAAAGCCGGGCUGCCUGUACAUAGUCAAGUCUUUUCUUCCUGAGGUGGUCCAAACCUGGCAGAGCAUCUACAAAGAGGACACUGUGCUGCAUCUUUGUCUCAGGGAAAUUCAGCAACAACGAGCUGCUCAGAAGCUUACAUUUGCCUUCAAUCAAAUCAGGCCCAAGACGAUUCCGUAUUCACCAAGGUUUCUGGAGGUGUUUCUGCUCUACUGUCACUCUGCUGGACAGUGGUUUGCCAUAGAGGAGUGCAUCACCGGGGAGUUCAGGAAGUUCAACAACAACAACGGAGAUGAGAUCGUCCCCACCAACCUUCUGGAGGAAACCAUGCUGGCCUUCAGCCACUGGACCUACGAGUACACACGGGGAGAGCUGCUGGUGCUCGACCUGCAGGGGGUCGGAGAGAUUCUGACGGAUCCAUCUGUUAUUAAGAGUGGGGAGAAGGGGUCGUACGAUAUGAUUUUCGGACCUGCCAACCUGGGCGACGAUGCCAUCAGGAACUUCCGCGCUAAACACCACUGCAACUCCUGCUGCCGCAAACUCAAACUCCCUGAUCUGAAGAGAAACGAAUACACCCCUGACAAGGUGACGUUCCCACAGGAAGACCCUCCAAACCCAGGGGGCGGGGUUAAAGAGUCACGCCAAUCAAUGAGGCUGAUGUUGUGAUCGCUUCAAGUGGGAGAAUAAUCAGAGGUCACAUUGUUUUGAUUGGUCAAAGCCAAGGAACAGAACGACUCAUCCAGUCAACUGGAAGAAUCACACACAUCUGUGUUUCCAUGGAAACCAGUGCAUGCAGACUGCAUACCAUUACUGUUGGUCCCGCCAAGAUGCUGUGUUCAUACAAUUUGACCAUUUUAACCUUUAUUUUUUAGAACAUGAAAUGGGGAAGAAGUUUUAAAAAUAUUUUGUAUAAAUUUAUGAAUAUAUAUAUAUAUAUAUAUAUGCAUAUAUAUGUAUAUGAACUGGAUAUCUAUGGACAGGUACAAUAUCAUUGCAGAGGGUUUAUUAUUUAUUAAGAAUGAAGACGUUUGAGAAAUUGCCUUGUUUUAAUGAAAAAGGACAAAAAAAAAGAACAAAAGUGCAUUGUUCAUCUGUUUUUGCAGCUUCAGAGUCAGUCGCUGCCACACCACCAUUUGCCACCACAUCACUUUUAUAAAUGUACAAAGACUUGUAUCACAACUUUUUGUCUCUUAGUUAAUGAGAAGAUAUACAUGAAUUUGAAAAUCUUGUAAAAUAUGGGCAGAUUGCAAUGCAACUUUUACAGAACAAUGUAUGUCAUUUUAUUGUAUUGAAAGUGUGUCCACCAAAAUAUUGCUGAUAGUUUUUAUUGUUACAAAGGUACUAUUGCUAUCUAUCCAUCUUUGUCAUCAACUGUUGUAUGAGCAAAUUACAAUCUAGUGUAUCUUAUAGAUACUGUUAUCCGGCAUGAGCUGAACAGAUGAAAAUAUUUUAUUCAGGGGAACUAAAAUAAUAAGGGUAUUACUGUAUACAUUUUGUACUGGAUAUCAUUUUAAACAAAUAAAUGUCAAAAAGCUUGA